AUGGCUCAGGAACCAACAGUAGAAGACGAAAUUGAGCUCACCAGCAUCUUAAGUAUUAAUCAUUCGAUUCGCCAAAGCGUACAAAAUGCAACAAAUGAAUUCUUAUUACUCGAACAAAGCUUGAUGAAAAAUAUAACCGAGUUUAAAUUAGAUCAAAGUAUUCAACAUAUUACAAAACCAUUGACAGACUCAAUUAAAAUUAAAACGUUGAAUCAAGAAGUAACGUCAGAUAAAAUACAUCUCGCUCUAUGCGGACCAAAUUCAAGUGGAAAAACGUCAUUUCUAUCGUUAUUUCUCAAGAUUGAUAAUAUUCUACCAUCUGGUGCUGGUCCUGUUAGUGCUCGAAUUGUUCGAUUGACCUACGCUCUACCACAGGACGCCUGUUUACGCGUCUAUAAAUCGUUAAAACAUGAAUUAUCGUCAGAAGAUCUUGAAGAAACAGUUGAGCUCUCUGAAUAUUUUGGUGAUGAAGAAAAUCCAGAUUGGGAGGGUAUUAAAAGUGCGAUCCGAUUAUUUGUUACUCGUCCUCAAGAUAAAAGUGCAGAAUCCGACGAGUUUGCAUCAUGGGCAAAACAUUUCGUAGAAAUAAGAAUACCCUCAUCAAUACUAAAACUAGGUAUUAAUGUAUAUGAUACACCAGGAUUUUUAUUUAGUGAUGCACCCGUUUUGAAAGAUAAUCUUCGACAGUUAGUGAAAGAAAUUUCUCCAACUCUCAUAUUUAUGUAUGUAAAUGCGUCAGUUGAUAGCGAUACACAAGAUUGCUUUUUGGCAUUGAAAGAAACAUUAACGAAUAUUGAGAAUACUAUCUUUUUUUUGAACACAAAAGUUGAUGUUGAUCGGAUAUUUUCUGAUUCGGGUAUUAGAGAGAAAAACGUGACAAAACGAGCAGAAAUGUUUCCGAGAGUGCUUUUAGCAGAACGGCAAAAACGUUAUAAUCUUCUAUUGCAAGUACCUUCUAUGGCAAAAGAAGUUCCGGGUGGAUUAGCGGUUUCUUUAAACGACUGCGACUGUUUUGAUGUUAUCAGCGUACAUUCAGAGCCGUCUCCUAAUGGAGCGUCGAUGAAUCGGUAUACAAUUAAUCGGAUGAUAAAAUUUGUUGCAAAUUCCGAUUUGAAAAUAGCUAAAAAAAUUAUAAUGUUAGUUUUACCAGCUAUUGACGCUUUUUUUGAUUUUGCUCUUGUAACUAGUCAUAGUACACAAGAAAAACUAGAAAAGCUGAGGCGUAAUGCACGUUUGUGGAGUGACAAGUACUUUGUUGAGACACAAGUACACUUUGAUCAGCUGUUAGGAAAGGUUUUUGCAAAUAUACUUGAGCGUUUAAGUGAAGAAAGGGAGAGUAUUGCAAGUAGAGCUGCAAAAUUAAAAAAUCCAGCAUUGAUUGAACAAUAUGUUCGAGCAGCAGUGCAACAAGAUGUUAUUAAAGUUGGAGUUAAUGGCAUAGUGGAGCAGAUUUGUAAUACGUUUCUUGAAUUGAUAAUAUCAAAUGGAGAAUUAUUAAAUAAUACAGACAGAAAUGAGUUUUUGGUAGCAGCUCAACGUAGUGCUUUAAGUGAACUUCUUCAACUACAUAAUAGUCAAGGAGAUUUUCUUGUUCGCACCGUCUUUUUACUAAUGUUAGUGCUAAUUGAGUUACUACUCGAUGAUGGAGAUGACCAAAAUGUUAGAGAUCAGUCAAUAUUAUCAAUAAAACUUUUGUUACGAGAAACUUCGAGUCGGAAAAUACGUGUAGACAAGAGUAUGAACUUGUUAGAUCAAGCUCAUCAUUGUUUAUCACAAAUUCAUGAGAAUAUACUAGAUCGAAAAAAGAAUUUAAAUAUUAUUACUGAGUUCUGCAUUAGACUGCAUAAACAGCAGUUACUGGAAAAGAUUGAUCAACACUAUGUGCUUGCCCUCAAAUUUCUCCCACAUAGAGAAAAAGCUCAUAAUUUAGCAGAGCUGUAUGCAAGUCAGUUUGCGCGUAUUGAGUGUAAAUUAAUAGCAGCAAAAGAUUUUACGGAAAAUAAAGGAGUUUUACCUCAGAUUGAUCAGAGUAGCGAUUGGAGUGAAAACAUACUCUUCUCUCUUCAUCAGGCUCAAUGGGGAAACGAAAAGAAUUUAGUUGUAAAAAGAUUGAAAACCCCAAUAGGAUAUUUGGAAGCUCACUACCAUCGGAAAAUUACAAUGUUAACGAUCCCGAAUUUACAACCGCUUAUAUAUCUUUAUGAAAAAGAAGACGAAGAAAUUUGGUUAUUUUUUCCGAGAUAUAAGGAUACUUUAAGCAGGUACAUAGAAGACAAUAAUUGUUCUAUAAAUUUACGUCAAGCUCUGACAUUUUGCUCCCAAAUUGCAGGCGUUCUUAAUAAUUUGCAUUCGAAUGAUAUUGCACAUGGAAAAAUAAACACAAAAAAUAUUGUAUUGACUGAUAAUAGAGAUGUUUGUUGUGUAUCUCAGAUUGAUACAAGUGCGAGUGAAGCUAGUCGUUAUAAUCUUUCUUCAAUAUCUGAAGAGAUUUGUGAUGAUAUUUCCGCGUAUGGAUAUGUAUGUUUAGAAUUUUAUAACGUUCUAAGACGAGACAAUGGAAGUGAGGAGAAGGGCAGCGAAAAAAUAAUGCAAGAGUUUAAGCGUUUAAUUGACAAAUGUUUGGAUGAGGAUAUUACGGUACGGCCAAAAGCUACAUCAAUUGUACGAAAACUAAAAGAAAUGGAAAACUAUGUUUUUGAUUGA